AUCCGAGCGGAGACUCGCUUGACGCAGACCACGGCCGCCACGCCGAUGGCCGCAGGACCGAGCUGAGCUGAGCUGGAAUGAAACGAACGAGACGUCAUGGGGGGCUACGAAGAAAUGUGCGAAAAGGAAGGCGAGGCGGGGCGGGGACGCGGAAAGGAAAGGAAAGCAUCAGACAGGAAGGGGGGAAAGAACGAGGAUGAGUGGAGAGGAUACGAGCGGACGGGCACGCCACGCCACGCCACGACGAAUGAGAAUACGACGACGAUGUGUUUUUUUCUUCUUCCUAAUCUGAAAUGUUUAUUUUUUCGCCCUUUGAUUUUCUCUCCUCGUCUUUUCCCGGGGUUUUUUCUCGUUCUCUCUCCGGUGCUUGUUCUUGGCGCUGCUGCGGUUGCCGUUUCCCUCGCUCUGCUCUGCUCUGUUCUGCUCGGACUGAGUAGUCGAGCCGAGAAAACCAAAUGGAGACAAUCCAACCGAGAAAAUCAACCCGAGAGAAUCCACCCGAGGAUGGAAUGGAUUCGAAUUAGACUGGAUUGGAUUGACAUGACUUGCCUCGAACUGAGUUUGAUUGACGCCGGCGGCGAUCGGACCACCGACGGCUCCAUUCGUACGUAUAUGUAUGUAUAUACGUAUACAUGUACGUAUGAAAGACCGAAAGAAAGAAAGAAAGAGAGAAAGAAAGAGAACCAAAAAGUUGGAAAUCUCUCUCUCUCUCUCUCUCUCCUCGGGCUGAUUAGUUAUUGUUGGGUAUUGGAUAUUGGCCAGCGGUUCUUCCGUGACGUUUCUUCAGUUUUUUGUCUACAGUAUUUCCGGGGGCCGGGGGGGGGGGGGGCUCGAAACUUCGGAAUCCGGUCGGGAUUUUUCUCCCAUCUGGGGUUGUUUGUCAAUAUUAUUUUGAUUCUCUGCGGUAUUCGAGGACGACGAUGACGACGACGAUUUCAAAACGAGUUCGGAUUGUCUCCCCGGUUUUAUUUUGAUUUUCAUUCGUUUGGGGAUCUGGGCCCGUUCAAUUCCAGUUGGUCUCUCUCUCUCUCUCUAUUGAUCGGUCAUCGUCACCGCC